CACAUUACAGCUCACAGGUGUUGCCACUUUAAGAAGAGUUGCACAUGCUCAGUGGCAUUCUCAGUGUAGCUCGGAAGUGUCUGUGAAGUUAGUGCGGGGUCUUCCAAGACAGCUCCUACAGGAUUUCAACUUUUGCCGUAAAAAAUAUGAAGGUUAAGAGCAUAGUAUUGGCAUCGAGACCAGGGAUUGAUAAGGAGCCGGGGCCAGAAAACUUUCGCCUAGAGGAAGCUGAUCUUCAAGAAGAGCUCUCAGAUGGACAAGUCUUGGCCAAAACCUUGUAUCUCUCUGUAGAUCCUUACCUGCGCUAUUGCAUGAAUGAAGAAUCAGCUGGAAGCUACCUUCAGAUAUGGAAGAUCUCUGAAGUUGUUUUCAGUAAUGGCAUUGGAGUGGUUGAGCAAAGCAAGAGCAACCAGCUGAAAGUUGGGGAUAUCGUCUCAGAUUUUAACUGGCCCUGGCAGACAAAAUGCAUCUUGGAUGGCAGCUCACUGAAAAAACUGGACCCCAGUCUUGUGGAUGGACACGUGUCUCAUUACCUGGGUCUUCUUGGAAGUACAGGUUUAACAGCUCUAAUUGGCAUAAGGGAACAAGGACAUGUGACCCCUGGAGCUAAUCAGACGAUGGUGGUUAGCGGUGCUGCUGGUGGUGUUGGUUCAUUGGCUGGGCAGAUUGGUCACCUUCUCGGCUGCUCCCAUGUUAUAGGGAUCUGUGGAACUAAAGAAAAGUGUACAUUUUUGACCUCUGAGUUGGGAUUUGAUGAGGCUUUGAACUACAAGAUGCCAGGACUUACAUACAAGCUAAAGGCCUGCUGUCCAAAUGGUGUGGAUAUCUACUUUGACAAUGUUGGUGGAGAGAUCAGUGACACUGUUAUCAGUCAGAUGAAGAAAAACAGUCACUUGGUAUUAUGUGGUCAGAUUUCCCAGUAUAACAAGAGUCCUCCUUUCACUCUCGACCCCCAGACUGAGACCACUUUGAAAGAACGUAACAUUGCAAGAGAACUGUUUCUGCUCCUGAACUAUUCAGAUCAAUUUGAAUCUGCCACGCUACAGCUCAGUGAAUGGGUGAGAGCAGGAAAGCUGAAGGCUAAGGAAACUAUUGUUCAUGGAUUAGAGAACACAGCAGGUGCUUUCCUGUCCAUGAUGAAAGGAGGAAACAUCGGAAAACAGAUUGUACAAGUAGCUGAGCAAUAAGUGUAAAUCACACUACACACAAAUCAAAGCUCGUGGAUGAGUCAGUCUAUUGAUUUUAGUGCUUUUGCAGCAAUCAUAAAGUCUUUUGAUAAAGAUAAUUAUGAAGAGCAUUUAUGUUCAGCUGUGACAACUAAUCAUAAAACACAAGUGGCGUUUUUUGGGGACCAAUUACAUAUUUUUCAAUCUCACUGUUAAAUAAAACCCAUGACAAUUUAUAUUCGAUAAUAUGUCUUGCUAUAGCUAAUCUGCUGUACUUUUUGAAUUGUUUAA